AACACUUCUGUGACUUUCUAACUUGGAAAGAGACGGCAAAUACUAUAUGCAAUAGUAAAUAAGGACGCCUGGUGGUGCUGCAGGCUAGGAGUAGGAAUGAAUGGCUCUGUGGAUACCCGGGAAGCCAUUAAGCUGGGAAUCAGAACUCUGAAUGCUUUCUAAAAGAAGGAAGCAUUUUACAUAAGAUCUAGAGGCAGAGAUCUCCAGAGAAGGGCAUCGUUCUACUGCAGGUCAGUCAGAAAGAUCUAAUUCGAGUUUAUUUAACCAAAUCAUCUGGGUUGAUUGCAUACGGAAUUGAAGAAACUGCAAGUUCUUGAACCGGGUCUGAACAAUGGAGACUGCACCAGCAAAAACGCUACAGAAAAGGCAAGUUAUCUUUCUUGCUAUAUUAUUGCUUUUGUGGGAGGCUGGCUCUGAAGCAGUUAGGUAUUCCAUGCCAGAAGAAACUGAAAGUGGGUCUUUUGUGGCCACCCUGGCAAAAGACCUGGGGCUCAGGGUGGGGGAACUGGCCACUCGGGGCGCGCGAAUCCAUUACAAAGGAAACAAACAGCUCUUGCAGCUGGAUGUAACGACCGGGAAUUUGCUUCUAUAUGAAAAACUAGACCGGGAGGUGCUGUGUGGGGCGACAGAUCCCUGCAUACUGCAUUUCCAACUAUUACUGGAAAACCCGGUGCAGUUUUUUCAAGCUGAUCUGCAGCUCACAGAUAUAAAUGACCAUUCCCCAGAGUUCCUCGAGAGGGAAAUGCUCCUAAAAAUCCCAGAAAACGUCCAGACAGGGACUGUGUUUCCUUUGAAAAUAGCUCAGGACUCUGACAUAGGUAGCAACACUAUUCAGAAUUACACAAUCAGCCCCAACUCCCAUUUUCAUGUUGUCACUCAUAAUCGCGGAGAUGGCAGAAAAUACCCAGAGCUGGUGCUGGACAAACCGCUGGAUCGGGAGGAAGGGCCUGAGCUCAUUUUAACCCUCACGGCGCUGGAUAGUGGGGCUCCGCCCAGGUCCGGGACCACUGCAGUCCGCAUUGAAGUCGUGGACAUCAAUGACAACGCCCCUGAGUUUUUACAGUCGGUCUAUGAGGUACAGAUUCCGGAGAACAGCCCCCUAAACUCCUUAGUUGUCGCUGUCUCCGCCCGAGAUUUAGAUGCAGGAACGAAUGGGAAUGUAGCCUACGCUCUAUUCCAAGGUGAUGAAGCUACUCAACCAUUUGUAAUAGACGAAAUAACAGGAGAAAUUCGUCUGAAAAGGGCAUUGGAUUUCGAGGCAACUCGAUAUUAUAACGUGGAGAUUGCAGCCACAGAUGGCGGGGGCCUUUCAGGAAAAUGCACUGUAGUUAUAGAGGUGGUGGAUGUGAACGACAACGUCCCCGAACUGACCAUGUCGACGCUCACCAGCUCUACCCCAGAAAACUCCCCAGAGACUGUGGUGGCCGUUUUCAGUGUUUCUGAUCCAGAUUCCGGGGACAACGGUAGGAUGGUUUGCUCCAUCCAGAAUGAUCUCCCCUUUCUUUUGAAACCCACAUUCAAAAACUUUUACACCCUAGUGACCGAGAGGCCACUGGACAGAGAAAGCAGAGCGGAAUACAACGUCACCAUCACCGUCACAGAUAUGGGGACACCGAGACUGAAAACCCAGCACAACAUAACCGUGCUGGUGUCCGACGUCAACGACAACUACGAGGUGUGUCUGACGGGAGGCUCCGGGUUAAAUGAGUUUAAAUUCUUGAAGCCGAUUCUCCCCAACCUCCCGACCCAGGGCGCUGGUGAAGAAAUAGAGGAAAACGCCAACUUCCGGAAUAGCUCUGGAUUCAGUUCAGAAUCGAUUCAGUACUCUAUACUGGAGGAGACAGAAAGUGGCACAUUUGUGGCCAACCUGACAAAGGACCUGGGACUCACAAUGGGAGAGCUCGCUGCCCGGGCCGCCCGAGUUGUUUUUAAAGGGAAUAGGCAGUAUUUGCAGUUUGAUCCAGAGACCUAUGAUUUGCUGCUAAAUGAAAAACUGGACCGGGAGGAGCUUUGCGGCUCUACUGAGCCCUGUGUGCUACCCUUCCAAGUGUUACUGGAAAAUCCCUUGCAGUUUUUUCAGGCUGCCUUGCUAAUUAGAGAUAUAAAUGACCACGCCCCAGAGUUCCCCGCUAGAGAAAUGCUACUAAAAAUAUCAGAAAUUACUAUGCCAGGAAAGGUAUUUCCUUUGAAAAUGGCACAGGAUUUAGACGCUGGUAGCAACAGCCUUCAGAGCUACAAAAUCAGCUCCAAUCCUCACUUCCACGUUCUCACUCGGAACCGCAAGGACGGCAGGAAGUCCCCAGAGCUGGUACUGGACAAGGCGUUGGACCGUGAGGAGCAGCCCGAGCUCAGGCUAAUCCUCACAGCGCUGGAUGGCGGGUCUCCGCCCCGGUCUGGGACCACAAAAAUUCAGAUCGUGGUCUUGGACAGCAAUGACAACGCCCCCGAGUUUGCUCAGGAAUUCUAUGAGGCCCAAGUCCCUGAAAAUAGCUCCGUGGGCUCUCUGGUUCUCACCGUCUCAGCGAGAGAUUUAGACGCAGGAUCCUUUGGGCAGGUAUCUUAUGCCCUAUUUCAAGUCGAUGAUGUUAACCAACCCUUCGAAAUAAACGCAAAUACGGGAGAAAUUCGACUGAGAAAGACAUUGGAUUUUGAGGAAUUUCAAUCAUAUCAGGUGGAUGUUGAGGCCACAGAUGGUGGGGGACUAUCAGGAAAAUGCAGUUUAGUCAUCAAGGUCCUGGACGUGAAUGACAAUGCUCCCGAACUGACUAUGUCGUCACUUACCAACCCCAUCCCUGAAAACCUGCCUGAGAUCAUAGUGGCAGUUUUCAGCGUAUCGGAUGCAGAUUCUGGACAUAACCAACAGGUUACUUGUUCUAUAGAUGACAAUCUCCCCUUUCUUCUAAGAACAUCCGUUGAAAAUUUCUACACCUUGAGCUACCAGUACGAGGUGUGUCUGACGGGAGGCUCCGGGACCAGGGAGUUCAAGUGUCUGAAACCUCUUGUCCCCAACAUCAUGGGUGAAGGGGUUGGUACGGACACCGAGGAAAACUCGAACUUUAGAAACCAUUUGGGGUUCAAUUAAGAAUCUCACUUGACAAGACGUGAUAAAUGAUCAUAUUCACUAAUGUAUUAAUUUCCAACCCUUUCAUUCACAUAGAGCUUACAUAUUCACUCAUUCGUAAGUUUUGUCAUAUUUAUAGUUUGAAGUAUUUUACAUUCAGAAUCUCUAGGUGUUUUUUAUUGUUGCUGUCUUUUUUUUUUUUUAAGCCCUUCACAUUUUGCAUGUGAGAUGAGACAUUAAAUGGUGAAAUGGUCUCAGUUUUUUGGUGGUCAGAUUUUCGGAAGUCACAAAUGUUUUCAGAUUCCUGAUAUUUGAGCUUGUUCGUUGAUAUCUCGUUAUGACUAAGAGAAUUAUGUUUUACGAUUAUCAUAGCAUGUCAGGCUAUUGUAAAUGAUGGCUUUUAGGUUUAAAAAUAAUUUUCACCUAUGCAAAAAAUUUUGUGACCUCGAAUAUCGCUGGAUUUCUGUAGUGUUGUUUUGAAAACACUAUUGUCUUUCCUCAAAUGAACUAAUAUUUUAUCUGGAUGUUUUCUGAGUAUUCUCUUUUACAAAAUUGAUAUUAUUUAGACCGUCUGCCAUAAUUUAAAAGGACUUAAUCCCAGUUAAAUAGAAAAAAUGUUGGUAGAGUUAUGAUUUCUUUUUCAUAAUAAAUGGUUUUUAGUAUGCAAAUAAUGAUUUUCAUUCUUUUAAAAUAAUACGUAGUCACAUGAUUCAAACAUAUUCAAUAAGACCAAAAGAGAAAGUGAAUUAACACCAUGAUUCUCCCACUCAUGAAUAAUUAUCAAUGUCAUCAUCAUUCUAAAAUAUUUCUAUGAUGCUUAUAAGUUACUAGCUGGAUGGAAAUAAUUUUAUAAAACGAAUCUGUAAGAAACUGCUUCUUUAUAAUUAAAACCAUCAGAUUUUACUGAAAUAUAAUAAAAAUAAUA